CGCAGCUCGGACAUGGAGGUGCUCAGACUCCUCGUGCUGCCUGCGCUGUGUGCCGCCUACGGAACGGCCCGCGCGCCGAGCGGGCGCCAUGCCUCGCGCCUCGCCGUCGACCCAGCGAUGGCCGCCACCACGGCAUUCGACCUCAAGGCCUACAUGGAGGAGAAGCGGGUGUACACUGAGGAGGCGCUCGACGCGUCGCUCCGCAGCACGUGCUCCCAGACGGACCUCAUCGUCGAGUCGAUGCGCUACUCGCUCCUCGCGGGCGGGAAGCGCGUUCGCCCGAUGCUCUGCCUUGCGGCGACGGAGAUGCUCGGUGGCGACAUCUCGGUGGCGACGCCGACGGCCGUCUCGCUCGAGAUGAUCCACACCAUGUCUCUCAUCCACGACGACCUCCCUGCGAUGGACAAUGACGACUUCCGGCGCGGGAAGCCGACCAACCACGUCCUGUACGGCGACGACGUUGCAAUCCUCGCGGGCGACGCGAUGCUCUCGACGGCGUUCGAGUACGUCGCCGCAAACACAAAGGGCGUGGCGGCGGAGAGGGUCGUCCAGGUCCUGCGCAUGCUCGGCGAGAGCGUCGGCCCGAUGGGGCUGGCGGGCGGGCAGGUGAUGGACCUCAAGUGCGAGGGGCAGCCGGACGUCGGGAUCGACACGCUGCAGUGGAUACACACCUACAAGACCGCGGCGCUGCUCAAGGCCGCGGUCUGUUGCGGGGCGGCGCUCGCCGGCGCCUCGGACGAGGACCUGGCGCGGUGCGAGACGUACGCGAACAAGAUCGGGCUCGCGUUCCAAGUCGCGGACGAUAUCCUCGACGUCACCGCCUCCACCGAGGAGCUCGGCAAGACGGCCGGCAAGGACCUCGACGCCGACAAGACGACAUACCCGAAGCUGCUCGGCCUCGACCGCUCGCGCGAGGUCGCCCGCGAGCUCGUGGACGAGGCCAAGGCGGCGCUCGAGCCAUACGGAGAGCGGGCGGCGCCCCUGCUCGGCCUCGCCGACUACAUCAUCAGCCGGAGCAACUAGGCCUCGCGGCCGCCUCGCUCUCCUCUCUGGGCAGCGCCUCUCGCCCCGCUGCUCCCCCUCCCUCCCCGUACCGUACCUCUACUGAUCGUGGCCCGAGGCGUCUUGUGCACGUGGCCGUUGUGCUUGGGAACGUUCUUGGAUGUGGGCCAAGAGACGACGACUGCGUGCGGUUCUCUUGUCCGCCCUCCGUCCUACCGCCGUCCGCCCAGUGCGAGUUAGCAGUUACAUCCCCAGGAGGGUUUGCGGACUGGCUCCUGCGUCGGUCUCGG